UUAUAUAUAUUGAAAAUUAUUUAUGUAUGUAUGCUUUAUCCUUAAAAUUAAAUUCACAUCCAAAAAAUUGUGGAAGAUGGGAUUAUUAUCAGUGUUGAAGCAGUCCACUGUGAUUCAUCUGAUAUUUGCUAUAACAUUUUUUACUACGGGUUUGAUAACUAAUUUCUUCCAAUGUUUUUUGUACUUUGGUCUCAGACCUUUUUCCAGAUAUUGUUAUCGCAAGAUUAAUUAUUAUCUUUGCUAUUCUUUUUAUACUCAGUUGGUUUUUUUGAUAGAAUGGUGGUCUGGAUCAGAUUUUAUAUUGUAUAUGGAUAAAAAUGAUCUUGAAAAACAUUUUGGAGAAGAACAUGGAUAUAUAUUAAUGAAUCACAGUUACGAAGUAGAUUGGCUUAUUGGUUGGGUUCUAUGUGAACGUAAAGGAAUACUUGGUAAUUGCAAAGCAUAUGUAAAAAAAUCAUUACAAUAUAUUCCAACAUUAGGUUGGGGAUGGAAAUUUUCUGAGUAUAUUUUCUUGGAAAGAAAUUGGGAGAAAGAUAAAGAAAUAAUUCGUUCUCAAAUUCGUGAAUUUGGAAAUUAUCCAGAUAGUAUAUCGUUACUUUUAUGUCCUGAGGGAACACGAAUCACACCACAAAAAUUAGAAGCUAGUCAAAAGUUUGCCCAAAAAGAAGGUCUUCCGAUAUUAAAAUACCAUUUAACACCACGAACAAAAGGUUUUACAGCAAGCAUACCAUAUAUGCGGGAUAAAAUACCUGCAAUUUAUAAUAUGCAAGUGCAAUUUAAGUCAAAUGAUUCUGUGAAACCAACAAUAACAAAUUUGCUAUUAGGAAAACGGAUUUUAGGACAUAUAUAUAUGCAGAGGAUUCCUAUGAAAGAAAUACCAGAAGAUCAGGAAGCUGCUGCAGAAUGGUUACAUAAACUUUAUGAGAAAAAAGAUCGUAUGGCAGAAAGUUUCGAAAAAACAGGUGAUUUUUUUGCAACUAGUGGAGUAGCCAAAGUAGAUAAAAUUACAUUAAAGAGAAGAUAUUAUUCACUCAUUAAUACAAUUUGCUGGACAGUGAUAGUAGUAGUACCAAUGCUUUAUUAUUUGAUUAAUCUUUUUUUAUCUGGCUCGACUAUUUAUUUUUCGAUUGGAAUUGGUACUAUUCUUUUAUUUUAUAUACUUAUGCAAAAAACGAUAGGAAUAUCCAAAAUAAGUAGUAGUUCAUCAUAUGGAACUGAUGAUAAAAAAUUAAAGUAAGAAAACAGCAAAAAAUUAUAUUACUUUUUUUUCUAA